AUUCCGAAUCGCACGCAGUGCAGGACACCCAAUUACCAACCCUCAGGAGGCCAACUCUCCCACAGCAAACGCCUUUCUCAAAUGUCCGCUUCCACCGCCCUUCCACCGCCAAAAUUCUCCGGAGUUUCGGCUACCCCAACCAAAUUCCCAAGUUCCAAACCCACUCUCUUGCUUCCGUCCAAAAACUGUAAAUCACUCACCCGAUGCGAGCUCAAAAGCUUGGACAAUAAUAAGUGGACCGUGGAUUGCGUCUCCGGCACCGGGGGCGACCCCAUUCACAUUAUUCUAAAGCCUCCGGCUACAACUCCUUUAGGAAUGACUUCUUUAGAUUCAGCUGUUAAGACUUCGAAGAGAGUAUGCUUGUUUUAUUGCGCGGAAAUGAAGGCUCUUGCUGAGCGAAUUGCCGCCGAAUCUGACGCCAUUGAGCUUCGUGGCAUCACCUGGAGGACGUUUGAAGAUGGAUUCCCCAACUUAUUCAUAUCGAAUGCUCACGGCAUUCGUGGACAGCACGUUGCUUUCCUUGCUUCUUUUAGUUCUCCUGGAGUAAUUUUUGAGCAACUGUCUGUCAUCUAUGCACUUCCAAAGCUCUUUGUCUCCUCAUUCACGCUUGUGCUUCCUUUUUUCCCAACUGGCACCUCAGAGCGUAUGGAGGAGGAAGGGGAUGUUGCUACAGCUUUCACGCUUGCUAGGAUUUUAUCAAACAUUCCUAUCUCAAAAGGAGGACCCACGAGUUUAGUAAUCUUUGAUAUACAUGCCUUGCAGGAAAGAUUUUACUUCGGGGACAAUAUUUUGCCUUGCUUUGAAAGUGCAAUACCGUUGCUCUUAAAGAGGCUUCAGCAGCUUCCUGACUCUGACAAUAUAUCCAUAGCCUUUCCUGAUGAUGGUGCAUGGAAACGAUUUCACAAGCAGCUACAGCAUUUCCCUACGAUUAUUUGUGCUAAAGUCAGGGAAGGUGACCAGAGAAUUGUGCGGCUUAAGGAGGGAGAACCUAAUGGACGUCAUGUUGUGAUAGUAGAUGAUCUCGUGCAAUCUGGUGGCACUUUGAUAGAGUGCCAGAAAGUGUUGGCCAAACAUGGAGCCUCAAAAAUAAGUGCUUAUGUGACACAUGGGAUUUUCCCAAACAGGUCAUGGGAACGUUUUGAUCACGAUAAGGGAGGGAACCCUGAGAAUGGUUUGAGUUACUUUUGGAUCACAGACUCGUGUCCGCAGACAGUCAAAGAGGUCAAGAACAGAGCCCCGUUUGAGGUUCUUAGCCUUGCUGCCGUGAUUGCUACUGCUCUUCAGAUUAGCUGUGGCUUUGGAAGCAUUUUUGAAGUUGGGAGUUUGUUCCUCUUAAAGCUAUCACUUCCAUGGGUCAAAUGACAAGAGAAACUGAUCGUGCAUUUUUAGGUUCCCAGAAAUUAUAAUGGUGCCUUUGUUUUAGUUAAUUGUGAAGCCACUAAGAGUACUUAUUAGCUGAAAGGCUUAGAAGAUGCUCAGUGAGAAGUCAUUUGGAAGGGCAAGAUGUACAGCAUGCAAAAGAAGGUUUUCAGCGAAUACUAGCAUCAACCAUCCCUUUUGUUUUCCGUGCUUAAAAGUGUUCGAGUUUCCUGUAGCCGGAGUUGUAAGGGUCUUGCGGGGGCAUUUUUUCGUUGAGCAGAAUGAAUCUCCAGCUUAAAUCCUUAGUUUAUACUGUUUCUGCUAGCUGUUUCUUUCAGCUGUGUUCAGUUCCUUCGAAUUGCAGCAGUAUUUGUUUAGAUGAAUUGAAACACACUAGAAACUUGAGAAGGAGUUUUCCUUUUUGCGUCAAGUUCUUUUAUUGUUGAAAUCCCAAAGGCUGAAAUCUAGGAAAUGAGUAUCAUUGAAAGCCGAAAUAUAUUUUUAUUGCAGUUA